UCAGUAUUAUUUAUAUUAUACAGUCUUUUUCUCGUCUUUAUCAAGGGUGUCAAUAAUUAUGGACCUGAUUGUAUUUAUGUAAGUACUUCACAACUGCCCCUUAGAACCAGUCCCCAGGCAGGCUAAGUGGAUAACUGUUCCUCCGUAGCAAUGCAGAGUAAAUAUUAUUAUAAACCAGGUGGUUCGAGCCAUGAAUGCUGAUUGGCUGCAUCCGUAGUCCCCAGGCAGGCUAAGUGGAUAACUGUGAUUGUAGACUGAUGUAUCUUGUCGUCAGGUUUCAGUCUAUGAGUGGAGCAGUCUGGAUCCUGUGUGCACUGUGACUUCCGGAUUCGUUCUUGUGGAAGGAGGAAGUGCUGAGGUCAUCCACAAACAGCCAAUCACAGCCUUGCUGGCGGGGUGUGGGCGCGGGAGUUGUACCCGCCUCACCUGUCUCCUGACCUUUCACCUUGAGGACGUCAACAGCCAGCAAGGUCCCAUUAACCACCUCUUCCUCAGCUCGCCCAAAAAUGCCCAGGGGAUGCUGAGACCCAACACCACAGCCGAGGUGCAGCAGGACCAGAUGGGAGGAUACACCGUGACCCUGCAGUCCUCUGCCGUAGCGGCCUUCGUAUGGCUAGAUGUUGAGGACGUCCCAGGACGAUUCAGCACCAACGGAUUCCUCAUGGUCACCAGGAACAGAACAGUCACCUUUAACCCCUGGGGUCCCACCAGUACCCAGCAGCUAGCCCAGGCCCUGACUGUUACGUCAUUGAGAGAUGUGUACUGACUAUCUUGCGUAUGAAAUGGCAUCCUAUAACCUACAUAGUGCACUACUUUUGACCAGAGCUCUAUGGGUUGUACACUAUAUAGGGAAUAGGGUGCCAUUUUGGACAUACUUACUGAACCACUACCCAGGAGUUAACCCAAACCCUCUCCCUAACCUCUCUGAGAUGAGUACUGAGACCCUCUCUCUGAGAUGAGUACUGAGACCCUCUCCCUAACCUCUCUCUGAGAUGAGUACUGAGACCCUCUCCCUAACCUCUCUCUGAGAUGAGUACUGAGACCCUCUCACUAACCUCUCUCUGAGAUGAGUACUGAGACCCUCUCCCUAACCUCUCAG